CUCUCGAUCUCUGCCGACCUUGUGGACUCUCGUGCGUCUGCCGCGGGUCUGCAGAUUUGGACACCCGGAUUGAUCAUUCGGAGCGUUUAGAGGAGUGGUCGCUCCCGUGACCUUGGCUGCUUCGGUAAUCUUGGAUCGCUCUCGUCGUGGACCAGUGCACGUGCUUCUCUGUGAUCGGUGGUGGAACAGUGACAAGUGACCACGGGUUCACUGCCGAUCCAUCCCGGAGGUUGCAGCGGCGAACACCAUUAUCGGUAUAAUGAAGAGAGAAGCUGAUGCAGGCGCCAUGACAGGUUCCGGAGGGCCAACAAGUCCUCACAAGCGUUAUAGACAGGGUGACGAUGAACUCCGUCUUCUUAUUCCCAGCAAGGUAGCCGGUUCGAUAAUCGGCAAGGGUGGCCAGAAUAUCACCAAACUCAGGAGUCAGUACAAAGCCUCAAUCAUUGUACCCGAUUGCCCCGGACCCGAACGGGUGCUUACAAUCAGCUCGGAUCUGCCCACUGUUCUUCAGGUGUUGAACGAGGUCGUACCUAAUCUCGAGGAGGUGAGUGUUGCUCCCAGAAGAGGAUCACACGGGAAAAGAAAUGACUCAAUCAAUGGAUCUCGCCAUGGUAGCGAUGAAAUCGACGUGCGUAUGUUGGUGCACCAGAGCCAAGCUGGAUGUAUCAUUGGCAAAGGAGGAUUAAAGAUCAAGGAGCUUCGCGAGAAAACUGGAGCCAGAAUCAAGAUCUAUUCUCACUGCUGUCCUCACAGUACCGAUCGGUUGAUCAGCAUUUGUGGAAAACCGUCCACAUGUAUCGACUGCAUUCGCGAGCUGAUCGCCACCAUUAAAACUUCGCCACUGAAGGGUAUGAACAACCCCUACGAUCCGCACAACUUCGACGACUUUUACGCCGAUGACUAUGGCGGUUAUGGAAGCGGCGAUGGUGGUCAAGGCAAAGGAGGCGGCUUCGGUGGUCCAGGAGGCCGCGGAGGUGGUGGAGGUGGUGGCGGAGGCGGUGGAGGAGGUAUGCCACCGAGACGAGACAACCGCGGUGGUGGACCCGGUGACAUGAAUCGCGGCUUCCCACCUCCACCUAGGGGUGGACCACGUGGAGGAGGUGGUGGCGGUGGUGGAAUGUCUGGUGGACCAGCAGACCGUGGCUAUGGCGGUAAUUCGCGUGGAGGAGGCGGAGGAGGCGGUGGUGGCUACGAAGGUGGACGAGGUGGUUACGGUGGAAACAGGGGUGGACCACCACCUUAUGGCGGAGGAAAUUAUAAUGGUGACGGAUGGGGAAUGCAAGGAGGAGCACCGAACGGUUUAGGCGGAGGUGGAGGUGGUGGAGGAGGUGGUGCAAACUCGGCAAUGAGUGGUCCACCGAUGACUGGUAACAACCAAGGAAAUCAGGGCAAUAUGGGCAGUAACAAGACCAGUACUCAAGUCACCAUUCCGAAAGACCUUGCGGGGGCCAUAAUCGGCAAAGGAGGAGCCAGAAUCCGGAAAAUCAGAUCAGACAGCGGUGCUGGAAUCACCAUAGACGAACCUCUGCCUGGUAGCAACGAUCGCAUUAUCACCAUAACCGGGUUACCCAGUCAGAUACAAAUGGCUCAAUACCUGCUUCAGCAGAGCGUGCACGAGAAUGCAGACCAUUAUUAGGACGUGGUAGAAGAAGCAUUCAGGGGGAGCCAAAGAUGCGUUUGUAAUUUUUUUAAGGAUACUUCUCCGCAAACGGACAGACAUUCGUGCGACAAAGUGGAAAACCGAGACCUUCGAUGAUACGACGAACUCUUCAGCCGCCGCAUCCAAGGAACCACACACACGCGUUCAGAAGCAAAAUACUAAUUAAAAAAAGCACGCAGUCAUUUUUGUAAGCGGUCUCAGACACUCUGCUGCUCUUUCACGUUAACUUUGAACUUGUACGCGAAAAAGACUAGUUGAAGCGAUUCAAAGAACUCUUCGUCACACACACAGUUUGUAUUCUCUGCUCCACGCUAUCGCGGUUAGAACUCAUGUCGAAGUGAUUCGCGAGAACCUCUUCAAGGUUCCGUGCUUACUAAUAGCUGUUCGUGUGAGUGAAGUUCCCGUUUUCAAUUCUCUUUGUACUCUGACCAGAGUGAACACAGGAUCGUAAUAAUGUUUAGAAAGGGCUAGUUCGUGUGGAGGAACUGAGUUGCAAAUAAUACACUCGCCUAAUGCAAACCAGUCCCAAAAUACUGUUAUAUCCACGAAAAUUUGUUCAAAUCGUGUGCACAUCUGCGCAAUUUCUAACUUGUACAAGUAUUUGCUAUGCCCUGCGGUUGCGAUGGCCUAUCCCGAGGGUUGCAAGCUGCGAACAGCACACCCGUUUCUCUCCUUGUACGUAAUAGAACUGCGAUAAAAAAUGAAUUUCAGCGUGAAGCGACACGUUUCCAUUCGAUUUAGUCAACUCGUUCGCGAAUCCAGAAUCUUCGAAUUGGCACUGGAGACAAGAAAGGCCAAAGAGAAAGAAAGUAUCGAGGUCGUCCUCGAUCUUCGCGCAUUUUUUCCCCUGCCUUAUUAUUAACGUAUUUUUCUGCGUUUUUUUUUAAUCGUUUUGUAUCUCAUGCUUUUUUGCCACGGACCAACUUUGAUAAGAUCGUAUAUGUAUAUUUUUUCCCUUUUACCUUCUCACUUGUUCUUGGUCGAACGAUUCCUCCGGGUAUCAAUUUUCGAAGCGCACACGUCGCCUGUAUUUUUCUUCGUUCUCGUCGAUGCAGAAACCUUCCUGGAACAUAAUUUUCUUUUCCGUUUAUCAGACUUUAAGUAAAUACCAGAAUCGCUAAAGAAUUAAUUUCUCUGGACGGUUUCUGUCGAUGACGAAAGAGAUCGAAGAUCGAUGAGCUGAAGAAUCGGUGGAAAAUAUGGUUAUAAAAUCGAAACGAGAUACGCCGACAAAAUUUGUACAUACACGUGUGUAAGAAGUCACAAAAAGAUAAAAAAAAAAUAGGAGAAGAGAAAUCAUUGAAAGUAUCACUUCCCUUCCCUUAAUUGCCACGUGAACCACGUUUCUGCUGCUGCAUCAUUGAUUACUAUUAUUAUUCUUACUAUUAUUAUUAUUCUAAUUACUAUUAUUAUUAUUACUAUUGUACGAUUAUCGAUAAGAGUAAUUUUGCAUUGAUUGUAAUCCCCCAAUACACACCUGAGUCUUUUGUACUAAUGAUACAAGAAAGAAACAAAUACACAGACAGUUUCGUGGAAAUGGAGCGCGUAAGCCACGGUUGUCCUUGAUAGUUUAUCGUGGCGUAGAUUGUUAAGAAGUUAAAUUAGACACGGUAAAGUGUGUAUGAAUGAAAGAAGAGGGACAUGACACGUGGAAUCAAAAGAAAACUUGCAACGAAGUCUGACGCAUACACUAUGUUUAGAAAGUAUAUAAUUGAAGGCGCCAUUUUGGGAGAAUGUUAAACUUUAAGAACAAUGAACGUAUAUAUAAAUAUAUAUAUAAUAUUAUAUACUGUAUUUGCGUACAAAAUCUGUUUGUAUCUUGUGAAACGAUCAUUGAUGAUGAAACAACAGGAGCGAGAGUUUUGUUACCUCUCGAGAACGCGUGUAUUCAGUGUUAUUAAAGUUUAAUGUGGUCGAACAUCGAAUAUCGGACUGAACAAUUUGAAAGGGAACACUAUAGGGUUUUCGAGAGAUUUCUAAGGGUAGUAAAUAGUUUGCAACAUUCUUUCAAAAAUUAAAAAUAUGCAAUCGAAUAUUAACGUAGAGAUUUGUUUCUCCCUUCGAAUUUUUUUGCAAGUUAGAAGCGAUCUAUGGUGUUCUCUUUAAAGGGUUGUUCCACGAGAAGGAGCUUGCGAAUUUAACGAGCAGAUUAACCGCGAGGAUAGAAACGAUCCUGCAGUCCAAACUCGUCCACUUUCCCUUUCCUCAACAGCAACGUGACGUAUCCAGAGGAUCAAACCACAAGAUCCUUGUACCCUCUUCUCUGUCCCCCGAUGUUGAACUGUCAGUCUCUACAACGGUUUAAAAGCACAGAAACAUAAAACCAGGGAUCCUACAGUCGUCAGGGUCGAUGAUUACAAAGGGCAUUUUUCUUUUAAAGCAUCUCGAACGAUGGCGCUCGCCAACCCUUCUCUUUUUAGAUUUAACGAAAUAAGAACCGUUCUCUUCCUCUCUCUGACGGUCUAUUCCCAUAACGUUACGUUUAUUCCAUGAUCAAAAUAAAAAAGAAAAGGGAAUUUCGACGUCCGCGCGUGAUCUCGGAAUCAGAGAAAAGCGCGUGCAUUUCCGUUCGACUAACGACCGAUCGUACCGUCUUUUAUGGUGCGGAAAUUGUUGGAAAAUCUUCUUUCCCUUCCGUUAUCCACUUUGUAAAUUUAUUAUAGACAUAACGCUCGCAGAAGUUAAUUUGUUUUAACUUUGGAACAAUGGAGGCAUGACUGGAUCUUCCAAAAUUUAUUAUUGUUCCGAAUGAAAUACUGUAAAUUGUAAUACAAAGUUAUGAUGCAUUUCCAAAAUUAAA